AUGGCUGCCGCAGAGGCUGUACCCGAGAAAACUGAAUAUCCUACUUUAGAGAUCACCAAGCAAGAUUUUUUUCAAGAGGCAAAAACUCUCAUCGCUCAGCAUUAUGAGAAGAUUAAUGAGAAUAAAAUUCAAGGUACUUCUAUAAAUGUUUUUCGAAAUAAACACCAAAAAACGAAAAGUGGCAAAUACAUACCUUUGGAAAUUAAAAAAAAGGACACACUUGAUGUGGUCCAAGAACAUCAGAUAGCACGCAAGAAUAUUUGUUUUCCUAAGGAGUUUCGCAAACAUGAAUCUUCUGAAAGGCCUUCACACCAAACUUCUUUCAAGGAACCAAACUUUUUUCAUGUAAAAGAAAAAUGGGAGGACUCUACAGAUCAAUUUGGAAAAGGUAUGUUUUGGGUGGAGUAA